AUGAAACUCGAUGCUAAGGCUAUUCGUUACCUCACCAACGAGGAUUUCCGAGUUCUUGCAGCGUGUGAAGCUGGCAGCCGAAACCAUGAGGUUGUUCCAACACCGUUAAUUUCGCAACUUUCGGGCCUCCGGGGCGGCAGCGGUGUCAACCGUGCAAUCUCAAAUCUCGCGAAAAUCAACUUGAUUGCAAAAGUCAAGAAUGCCAAGUAUGACGGCUACCGACUCGCAUACGGAGGAUUGGAUUAUCUUGCGCUGAACGCGCACCAAAAGUCAAAGGUCGUCUACUCGGUUGGUAACCAAAUCGGCGUGGGAAAGGAAUCAGACAUCAUCGUGGUUGCAGAAAGCAGCGGAGCGCAGCGAAUUAUGAAAAUCCACCGUCUCGGCCGUAUCUCGUUCCGAACAGUCAAGACAAAUCGUGACUACCUACGACACCGCAGCUCAGCCUCAUGGAUGUACAUGUCCCGAUUGGCAGCAAUGAAGGAGUUCGCUUUCAUGAAGGCUCUUCGUGAGAAUGGAUUCUCCGUCCCCGAACCCAUCGCCCAGAACCGACACACCAUCGUUAUGAGUCUGAUCGACGCUUUCCCUCUGCGCCAAAUCUCAAAAGUCGCCAACCCCGCCGGGCUAUACUCCGAGCUUAUGAACAUGAUCUUGGAUCUUGCGCGAUAUGGUCUGAUCCACGGUGAUUUCAACGAGUUCAAUAUCCUUAUCAAGGAAGAGCUAGACUCCGAAAUGAAAGGCAAAGAGCUCACUGAGGAAGAGGAAGAUGAGCAUAUUCGGCUAGUCCCAGUUCUCAUUGAUUUCCCCCAGAUGUUGUCUGUCGACCAUGUUAACGCUGAAAUGUACUUCGACCGUGAUGUGGAAUGUAUCAAACGAUACUUCAAGCGCAAGUUCCACUUCGUGAGCGACUCAAAGGGCCCUACUUUCGCCGAGGCUAGAAAAAAGCUCCUUAAGAAUCCUGGCAAACGUCUGGAUGUCGAAGUCGAAGCCUCUGGUUUCUCGCGCAAGAUGGCCCGUGAGCUCGAGGCUUAUAUGGCAGAGGUGGGAGUCAAAGGAGAUGGCGAGGCUUCAAAGGACAGCGAUGAUGAUGAAGAAGAAGAAGAAGAAGAAGAUGAGGAGGAGGAAGAGUCUGAAGCCGAGGGGGCCAAUGAUGCCUACGAGACCAAGUUUUCCGAAGAUGUCGAUGACAGCACCAAGCGUUUUGGUGCGCGGUCCGCAAGCACCUCCAACCCCCAGAUUCCUCCACUCAACAACACGAUGGUGCGUCUCAGCAGUGUUCAAGGGAAAGCCCUUCGCCGCCUGCAAAACCAGGCUGGUAUCCAGCAACCCCCCAAAACCAAAUGGCCCAGCGUCGUCGGCAAGCCUGUGUACCUGCCUGAAUUCCGCGUCGCUCUCGUCCGAACUCCCAACCUCACCCCCAGAUAUGCUCAAUUCCGCGUCCCCCUCAACUUCAACAAGUUCGACCUCCGCAGCUACCUGUGGCACUUAUACGGAGUCGGAACCCUCAGCAUCCGCAGUUACGUUCAGGCACAACCAAUCACACGAAUUUCGCGCGAUGGCAAGGGUUUCGGCCCGUGGCGCCGACCUAAGUCGCAGAAGCGUAUGACCGUUGAAUUGAAGGAGCCCUUCGUGUACCCCCAGGAACCGAAAGACCUAACCCCCUGGGAGCAUGAAAGCUGGGCAAAGGCCGAGAAGUUCCAGAUUGACCUACAAGAAAAGGAGAACCCCAAGCCGAACAAGGGUGAACAGCCCGAUCGCGAGUUGCGCGAAGCCUACAAAGAGCAGGCUAAGGCGCUGCUCGAGAACAAGGAGACAUGGAGACCGACCUGGAAGGCUUUGGGCUUGGAGCCAUACCAGGCGGCUAAAAAUGGCGCCUUCGCCCCCGCUUCCACGCUGCCAGCUUGGUUUGCCAAGGGGCGGAAGCACGGAGCGCGGUGA